AUGUCCUCGAUCGACCUCCCCCUCACACGUGACUCCAUUGUCGCCGCGCAUGCUCUCAUUAAACCGCACAUCCACAGCACACCCGUGCUCACCAAUACUACGCUCAACAACCUCGCGUCCACGCCACAGUCAUCCGAGGCGCUGAAGGAAACAUCAUGGGAGGGACAAGAGCCAGCAAGACCGAAGAUUACGCUGUUCUUCAAGGCGGAGAACUUCCAGAAGAUUGGGGCGUUCAAGGUUAGAGGCGCGUUCCAUGCGGUGUUGAGGUUGGUGGAGGAGAGGGGAAUCGACCAUGUGAGGAGACAGGGUGUGGUUACACACAGCAGCGGAAACCAUGCACAAGCCCUUGCCCUUGCCGCCCGCACGUUCUCGAUCCCCGCGCACAUCGUUAUGCCCUCCAUCUCCACGCCGAGCAAGAUAGAAGGCACGCGGGCCCAGGGCGCCAUCCUGCACUUCUCCGGCUCCACCGCCACCGAGCGCGAAGCCGUCGUCGCAGAUGUCAUAAAAGACACCGGCGCGACCCUGAUCCCGCCGUACGACCACCCACACAUCAUGCUCGGGCAGGGCACCAUGGGCAAGGAAAUCGACGAGGAGGUCGCCGCUCUGCUCCAGGACAGGCCAGAGCUCAGCAUCCACCACGCAAUGGCAGCACAGGAGAGCGAGAAGGGGAGCGAUGGGCUAGAUGCGCUCAUCGCGCCGUGCGGUGGCGGCGGCAUGCUAUCUGGCAACGCGAUAUACUUCCACAACACCGCGACCCGCGUCUUCGGCGCCGAGCCCUCCUUCGAGGGCGCCGACGAUGCGAGACGAGGCGUCGCGGCCGGCGAGCGAAUCACGAGCGUAAAAACCUUGACCAUCGCCGAUGGUCUGAGAACACCCCUAGGUCUCCAUACCUGGAAGAUCAUAACCGACAAGGACUACGUGGCCGGUUUGUACGCCGUGACGGAGCAGAACAUCAAAGACGCACUGCAGCUGGUGCUAGAGCGCAUGAAGUGCUUCGUCGAGCCUUCCGCCGUGGUAGGUCUUGCUACGGUGCUGUACAACGAGGACUUCAGGAAGAUGGUGGAGAAGGAAGCAGGCGAGGAGGGCUGGAACAUUGGCCUUGUAUUCAGCGGCGGAAACACGACUGUCGAGGCUAUCGUGAAGAUGUUUGGCAACGUGGGCAAGAAGGAGGCUGAGCGGGAGCAAGGCGUUGUAGGCGCCGACGGUAAGAAGCUUGCUGAAAACGUCGCUGGGUGA